UGUCUUUAUCUUUCAUCCCCACAAGAAACUUAUACUACAAAAUUCAUAAUGGAGAUGCCUACCAAAAUUUACACUCAUUCUGCUUACCUGUAUACCAUUUUCUGUUUUCAAUUCUGAUCUUCUACUUCUUACAUUUUCUAUAUAUAUACCAAAAUUAUAUCCUUUUCUUGUAUAGUACAAAAUACAGUUAAAUUCAAAUAUGGCUCUUUUUGUCAACUUCAUUUCCAUCAUUCUUCUUUUCUCAUUUGCUACAGCUUGUGAUCGCUGUGUUCAUCAAUCAAAGGCUGCUUACUUCUACAAUGAUUCCCCACUUUCAUCUGGAGCUUGUGGGUAUGGUUCUUUGGCUUUAAACUUUAGUGGAGGAUUUAUUGCAGCGGGUGUUUCUUCGUUGUACAAAAAUGGUGCUGGUUGUGGUGCUUGUUUUCAGAUAAGAUGCAAAAACAAUGGUGUUUGUAGUAAAUCGGGGACUAAAGUGAUAUUGACUGAUCUGAAUACAAAUAACAAGAAUGAUUUCGUGUUAAGCUACAGAGCUUUUAAAGCCAUGGCCAAAGCUGGAAAGGAUCAAGAUGUUCUAAAGCUAGGUAUCGCUGACGUGGAAUAUAAAAGAAUACCAUGUGAUUUUAAAGGUCAAAAUUUGGCUGUUCGAGUUGAAGAGUCGAGCAACAAUUCUGGUUACUUGGCAAUCAAAGUUCUCUACCAAGGUGGUCAAACAGAAAUUGUUGCAAUGGAUGUUGCUCAGGUUGGUGCACCAAAUUGGAAUUUCAUGAGUCGGAAUUACGGGGCAGUGUGGGACACAAGCAGGGUACCAAGUGGGCCAUUGCAGUUCAGAUUUGUUGUGACAUCGGGCUACGAUGGCAAGUACAUUUGGGCCAAAAAUGUCUUACCAGCAGACUGGAAGCCCGGUUUCAUUUAUGACACUAUAGUUCAAAUCACUGAUAUUGCUCAAGAGGCAUGCUCUCCUUGUGAUGAUACUCAAUGGAAAUAGAUAUAUUGUGCAUCUAUAUCUCAGCUUUAAACUGCUGUGUUUUCUUGUUUAAAUUAUCAUACGUGGUUUACGCAUACAUACGUAUAUUAUAUACAGAUAAAUACGUAUAUAGGUGUAAUAAAUUGGUAUUAAACUAAACAAUGCUUUCUACUUUUUGAGAAGGAAGAAUAGUUAACUAUUGCCUUUUUAA